GUAUAUCUUAUGAUUCUGUUAGUCGUAGGUGUGAUCAUAUAAUGGGAAGACGCAUCGUUUGUCUUACGGCAUUCCUUACCUCACCCACCGCAACACAAUACCCAUAAACCAAAGCCCCAACCCGACUCUCUUCUCAUUUAUCCUCCCUAAAGCUUCAACCUUUGGGACGCCCCUCCCACUUUGUUUUCUUCUCUUUCUUCAUUUUCCUUUUCGGUGGGGAUUAGGAUAACCCUCCUCUAUUUUUCAACUCUAAUUUUGAUCAUCAUCACCUUCACCCACUUCACUCUUACAAGGAAGAACAACCCUUUCUCUCUCUCUCUCUCUGUUCUGUGUUGAUUCUGUGCUUCAGCUUUCCACAAAGUAAAGGGAAAGAUGGCAAUGAUUCCGUACCACCUUUGCCGUUUACCUUACCAGGAUUCCCUCAAAGCACUUGAAGCUGAUAUACAGCACGCCAAUGCUUUGGCUGCUGCAAUUCCCAGAGCCAAGGGUGGAACUCUUCUUCAAAUGAAAUUGGUUUACAAUCACUUGGCUCCUCUCUUCCUGUUAUUUCUACAAUGGAUGGAUUGUUCUUGUGCAGGCUUUCUCCAUAGGUAUCUCAACCUCUUCCACAUACUUGUAUACAAGGUACAUAAUGAUGGUAGAUCAAUCAUGUCUACUCAUGGAAGGAAGGCUACCAUUGGUGACUUUUAUGCCGUUAUAUUGCCAUCUCUCCAACGGCUUCAUGGUAGUUUGGAGAAGUUGGAGGUUGUUGAAGAAGAAGAAGGACAGUCAAGCAUAGAAGGUCCAAGUUAUGGCAAGAAGGUCAUUGAAGGUGUGAAACUAACCACCAAUGUUGAUUUGCAAAGAGAAGAUGAAUGUGGUAUUUGCUUAGAGCCUUGCACCAAAAUGGUUUUACCUGGUUGCUGCCAUGCCAUGUGUAUUAAAUGCUACCGCAAGUGGAACAGAAAGUCAGAGUCUUGUCCUUUUUGCCGUGGUAGCUUGAGGAGAGUUAAUUCGGAGGAUCUAUGGGUAUUAACUUGUAAUGAUGAUGUUGUUGAUGCUGAAACAGUUUCUAAGGAGGAUUUGUUGCGGUUUUACCUCUAUAUCAGCAAGCUUCCUAAAGAUCACCCAGAUGCACUUUUCCUAAUGUAUUAUGAAUACCUCAUUUAAUUUUCUUCUAAAUAAGAAGAAGAAGAAAAAAAAUGUACAGAUAGGAAAUUCCGGACUGCAAAUGUGAAUAGAGUCUGGUACAAAAAGAAAAUACUCUGGUAAUUUAAUCACAGUUGUUAUGGUAAGAGAAAUUUCUGGUUUUUUAGCCCAGAAAAACCAUUCUUCUUACCCCUGUGAUAUAUCUCCAUUGUAGACCAUUGUUCUUGCUAUUAACUUGGAAGUCCUUGCAUAAAGGAUCCAUUAAGUUAAAUCUUCUUCUUGUAUGUUAGUUGUUGACACAGACUGAUAUUGAGAAGAUGAAUCUGUUCUGUGUGAUUGUAUUGGAUGUUGGAAAUGUUUGGAUA